CGAUGACGGAGUGGCCUCUCGAGUGUUUUGGGGGAAUGCGAUGGGAAGUCCAAUGGGAUUUAAAUAUCGCACAACUUCUCAGUCAUCCCGUGGACAUGUUGCGCUGUGGACGCACAAAUCAGCAUCUCUCGCUCCGGUUGUGAUUGACGACCCUUCUUGUCUGAUUAGUUCUUGAAAAGUAUCCCCCAUCAGCUGACGUUAACUCAGUUGAGGAUACUUUAACAAUCCAUCUAAGUGUGGAAGUGAUUUCCCAAAGCCCCUUCCACGUAGUAAAUUUUUCCAGAUCGUGUGGAAAAGUGCUUUUGUGCGGUGAUUCCUCAUUGAAAACGAAAAAAAAAGAAAAAUCCCUCAUACAGUUCAAAUUUCUUAUCACACUGAAAAAAAAUACAAUUAAAAGGAGAUUUCUCUGAACAAGAGUGCAAGUGUUCUAAAAAAUUUGUGAAUUUCUCCCAUCAGUGAAUUUUCUCACAGUGAAAAAAAGAUUUUUCUUUGAGUGCAAAGUGCCCGCAGAAGAAGGAGGUCCUCGUGAUUCACGAUGGCCACACUCCUGUACACGAUCUUCGGCAUAACGGCCGGAGCAUCGCUUCAUUGUGCUGUAAGACGGGAAAUUUCACCCUGCACGUGUGCACCCCAUGAGGCCUAUCUCAAUACGAUUGAGGUGAAUUGCGAACGUAUGGAGACCUUCACGCAGGUCGUUGAUGCCCUUCAGGAUCGCUUCCAACCGGAUAUUGCAAUUUGGCUGAGGAUUACGUAUUCGCAACUGGAGGAUUUGGAAGCAAGGACAUUCCUGGAGAUGAAUAUGAACGUGAAGCAUCUACGACUCAACUUUGAUAAUCUCACGCACCUUCCGGAGUCCACAUUCUACAACAUGUCAUGGACCUCACGGACGGAAUUUCUCAGUUUGUCCGAUAAUAAUUUGGAAGAGAUGCCAGCGCAUAUUUUCAAGCAUAUGCCCAUGAUUGGGACGCUGGAUGUGGCCAGGUGUCGAAUACAACACAUCCGGGAGGAUGAUCUGCAAGCGCUCAAGGUGCUGCGGUACCUGAUGUUGGCAUCGAAUCAGAUUAAGCGCAUCGACACGGGCGCCUUCCCGCCCUCAAUGGUGAAUCUGCACAUUGGGAAGAAUAAUCUGGCCACACUCAAUGGGACACUGCGUCACUUAAGUGAAUUGAAGUUAUUGUUCAUCAAUUCAAACAAUUUGACCACACUGGAGGACGAAUUGCCACCAGCGUCUACCAGCUUCAUUCUCGCCCAGAACAAUCGAAUCCCAGCAUUGCCGCAAAGUAUCCGGAAUCUGCCCGUGGACUCCAUUUACAUGCACAACAAUGAGUUGCGCACAUUCGAUGGGGUUCUUCGUACGGCAAAGCUCCUUCUGCGCUUGUAUGUGGCAAAUAAUCACAUUGAAUACCUCGCAACGGAUGAAUUUAAGGAAGCCACCCGCCUGGAGGAGAUGCAGCUCAGCUGCAACCAUAUUCGUGCCCUCAAUGGUUCCCUGUUGCCAUUGAAGAAUCUCCGUUCGGCCAAUUUCACCGUGAAUGACCUCACGGAGUUUUCCUUGCGCGAAAUUCGUGGCCUGACGAAGCUACGUACGCUGGAUCUUUCCUACAAUCGCAUUGAGAAGCUCACGGGACGCAUGGACAACCUCGUGGAGCCGGAUUCGUUGAUUGUGGAGUUGCGACUCGAAUAUAAUUUACUGAGGUCGCUCGAUGGCAAUUUGAUGGGGCUCAAUCGCUUGAGAAUUCUCAAUUUGUCCAAUAAUCGCCUUCAGCACAUCUCCCCGGAUGACCUGAUUGGCCUAGAGGAGCUCGAAUACCUGGAUGUGUCCUUCAAUCAGCUCAGGACACUCGAGGAGACGUCCAAGACCUAUUUGCCAUCGCUCCAACACUUGAAUGCCUCGUUCAAUUUGCUCACGGAGAUGAAGAAUGAUUUCCACGGCUUGCCAAUUCUCUGUAUGGCCGAUCUCUCCAACAACAACAUCAGCAUCAUCUCAAAGGACCUCGUGGCCAAUACACGUUGCAGUAAUCACGGAGUACCCAAUAAAUUGGAGAUUCUCCUACAAGAAAACCCAGUUCUAUGCAAUGAAUCCCUGACCGAGCUCGUGACAACAAUGGAAGAGCAACAGGCUAGAAUCUUGGGCGUAGCACAUUGCAUUGUACCGCAGGAGAUUGCCCUGGACAACCCCAUGAUUCUACCGCCGUUGCCACUCUUGCCACAAAUUGUACAGAAGCCCCUACCCAUUGUGCCCAACUCCAUUAUGCAGUCACCCCCGUCAAUUGUUCAGGUUAUCGUCCCGAGCCCUGUCGUUGUGCCUGCUCCUGUGGCUCAGGCCCUUGUUAGCAGUACAUCCACAGCUGCCACGACUACUGUGGCAGGCACAUCCACCUCACGUCCUCCCGAGGUGACCACCGCAGAAAGUGUGGUGGUGAUGAGUAGUGCAGCAACGGAGGCAGCUGUGGAGGUGCAGAGGACGACUGAGGUGGUGGCCACGACGACGGAACGAAGUUCAGCGUCAACGGCGCCAGAUGGGCCGUCGACGGCGGUACCGCAGGUGAUUGUGCAGGGAUUGCACGAGAUGACGCACCAGCUGCAGCCAGAGCCCGAGGAACCCCCUGAAACGCUACAGGACGAAGGAGCGCCCCCCGAGAGGUUACUCAGUGACUGAAGUGGACGCAUCACAUCGAACGAUAUCACACUAACACUUCCUUAGGAAUUUUACACAUCAAAGUUAUGUCUCUCCGUACAAGACGGGUGAUUUGGUGAGGGACUAUUUGAGAGAAUAGAGACGGAGAGCAGGAUAGGACUUAGAGAAUAUCGAGCACUCCUCUAUUCGCAUUCAGAAUUAUCCACGAUCAACGAAUUCUUUUUUUUUUUCAAUUCUAAUGACAAGGAAAGGAAGGACAAAGGCUUGAAGAAGGCUUUUAGAGCCUUAGGGAAGUUAUUACAGCAUUAAAUACUUACCUUAAUUCUGACAAUGAGUUAAUUCAUCAGUAUCUGUUCUUUCUUUUUGACCAACUCAAAUGAAAUUCUUUAAAAAAAAUUCAAUCUGUUUCACAUUUCCUUCACUUAAUUACUCCAGUUCUUUUGACAAUUUAAAUUCCGUCUUUUAUCUAAGUAAACUAUUUUAAUUGGUUAAAGAAUCUUUCAACUGAAUAACUUUUGCUCUUUUGGCUGUUUAAUUUUGUUAUUUUAACCAAUUAGCUUCUGUUAUUUUGAAUGUUUUGUACCUUUAAUCAAAGAACUUCAAUCUUUUGACUGAUUAAACAAAAUUUUUAGCUGGUUUUUCGUUAACUAAAUUCUGUCAAAUCAGCUUUAAAAAGUCUACUAAAGUUUCUUUCGUCUGAUCAUUUUUGCUAUUUUAACCAAAAUUUUAUAAAAAGUGUUAAGAAUUCGACAAAAUAAUUUAAAUUUUGACAGUUACUUACCUAGAGCUACCUUGAAAGUCUUAUUUUUUAUAUUCAAAAUUUUUCUAUUGAGGGAUGUUAAAAUCGUUUUUAGAAAAAACCAAAAAUCAGUAAAAAAAAAAUUAUUACUUCCUUGAGAUUCGAACCCACGAUUUUGUGCUUGAAAGACGACCCAUCUAAGCCACUACACAAAAUAAUUUUCUACUUUGAAGUACAAAAACAAACAGCAACGUUGAAAUGAAAAACUCUGAUUGCGAAUAGAGGCAGAGAGGAGUCGAGAGGAGAAAAAAAGAAGAAGAAAAAAUCUAUUUAAAUGUGUUAAAUUUUUAAUCUUAUUUUAGUUGCAAGUACUCCCUUUUUUUAUACAUUCUAUAUAAAUUUUCUCUCACAUAACAGAAGAAAAAGAGAUUUCUUAAUUUUUUUUUGUUUUGUAUUUGUAACUUUGUAGAUUUUAUAUUUUAUCCCUUUAAUUUUUUUUUGCUGAAUCUCUCAUUCACGCGUAUUUUCCUCGAUUUCCAUCCUAAAAAAGUUUUAUUUCCUUCCAAUAAAAAUUUUUCUUUGAUUUUUUUUUGUAAGUAAACUGCAAUAAAUCACGAAGAAGAAAUGAAUGGAGAUAUAUUUUGUUAAAUAUAUGUAUGUAUAGUACAAGAUCAGAGAGAAGAGUUAAAAUGAAAUUUCAAAAAAAAAUUCCCACUUUUUUCCUAAAUAUUUUGUUAGAACCUUUGAAAAAAAAUUAAUUUUUUUUAGCAUAGUGUGGGAAGAUUUUUGACGAGAAUAAAAAUUGUUAGAAAAAAAGUAAAAUUUUAAAACAAAAUAAUAUCUGUAGAGCAGAAUAAAAUAUUUUUGUGUGUUUGUGAACAAAAGGUAAAAAAUAAAUAAAUAGGAAUCUUAGAAAAUUAGAGAAACAAAAAUGAAGAAAAAAAUCGUAGAAACUGUCAAUAAGAGUAUUUAAAAAUGAAGUCAAUAAUAAAAAGAUAUUUUAAACACAAACUAGAUAAAAAAAAUGUUUUUCUUUUCUAUCUCCAAACUUUCCUUAAUUCUUCAUUCAAUGCAAUUUUUAUGAAUUUUUCUUUAAUUUUCUUUUUCAUUUGAAUAUCCCUCGCGCAUGAAACUUAAUACUAAAUUUAUAUUCCUUUUGUAUUUCUUUCAUUCCUCACAUUUUCUUUUUUAUUCUCUGUAACACGAAAAUUACAUAAAGCAAAGUUUCUUCACCUAAUUUAUAUGCCUCACGAAAAAAAUAUACCACAGCAGGAGUUAUUUAUACGUUUUUUUUCUUUAUCAUUUUUUUUAUAAUUUAAUUUUAUUAUCAAGUUUUCACAAAAACUUGUCAACUUCUACGUCAUAUAACUUCUUAAUAAUAAUGUCUUAAAAUGUAAUUUUUAUGUACACUGAUAAAACAAAAAAAAACCUUCGCAUUCCUCUUGAGAAAGAUUUCUCUAAAAGAAAAUUUUCCCACAGGGUGUCCCAGGAAAAGUGCAAAAAUUAAAUAAAAAUAAAAAUAUUGCUUUCUUUUUUUUAACAACAAAAAUUAUAAAAGAUAAAAAAGUAUUGUGAAGCGGGAAUACCAGAAAUGGACAUAAUGGUCCCCUUGGUAUCCUUAUUCUUUUUCAUUAAGACUCGUAGUAAGGUGUUAUCGGGAUGUGUCCACAUGAGGGCACUUUUACAGAUGAAAAUGUAUCAGUUUCUCAAUAAAAAAUCACAAAAGUUGAUGUUUUAAUGUAACAAACUUAAAUAAAAGAAAUGUCUUCGUAGACAAAUUGUGAACAAGCCAUUCCAAGCAGUUUUUACUUACUACGCGGUGGCAAGGAAAUUAGAGCAUGAUUUUACCGGCGAAUAACUUUUGAUUGCAUAAACUCAAAAAGUUUUAUUUGUUUUUUUAUUUCAGAAUAAAAAUAAAUAUUUAGAAGCGUUUUUUAUGACAAAUAUACUGCUUUUCAUGUCAAAUUAACCCUCCAUAUACGUGACCAAAACACUUACGCGGAUUACUAUUGGCUAAGUUGACCGAUCCCAUACAAUUUUUCGCAAAAAAGCAAAUUCUUUCGGUCAAAUGAGCUUUAAUAGACUCCUUGGUACUCCCUAAGAAGUCUUUUGUUCAUUUUAGAACACAAAAAUAAAUUUUUCAAUGGAUUUUUUGAUGAUUUUUUCAAUAAUUUUUUUGAGGUUAGAAUCUUCUAGAGACAAAGAGUGACAAUGGAAGAAAACUGGAAUAAAUUUGACCGUUACACCAAUUUUUGAAUUCCCUCUUCUUACAUUUUUGUUAAUAACUUUUUUUUGGUGGUCGGAUUGACCUCAAAUUUUUACACAAUCUUUUCAGAUAACCAAGGAACUUAUUUCCAGAAGCUUACUUCUAUUCCUCUAAGAACUAAGGCGCAAUUAAUCGAAAUCAUCGAAAUAUAACUCUGGGGUCGAUCACCUACCCCUCAUAGUAUAUGGAGGGUUAACGCUGAAUUGUCCAUGAUGGCAAUAUCUCAUUUUAUUCAAAAAUAUUCUUAGAAUGCUUGAAUAUUUGAUCGCAUAAAGUCAGGAAAGGCCUCUUUAAUUCAAAUUUAGUCAAAUAUUUAAUUGUUUAAUGAUCUUUGGAUCAUUUUAAUGGAUUUUGAGAAACUCAACAGACAUGAAAUCCAGUAUAUUUCAUCAUUUUCCAUAAAAAAGAUAAAUUUUAUAUUUUUUUUGCUCUAGCGGCUACAAUUUUUAUGAUAUCGACUUGAAAUAAAAAGGAAAUAAAACACUUUGACUUUACACAUCUUUUGGCGGCAGAAGUUUUCAGAUAUCUCACGCCAAUCAAGAGUUAUUCGCCGGUAAAAUCAUGCCUUAAUUUCCUAGCCACAUUGUAAAAUUUACAUUAAAAAAUUGUCAGUUGACGCCUUAAAACGUCUUAUAAUCUUUAAUCGAAUAGGAGAAUUAAAUAUUCAAUUUUUUUCACAAAAUAUCUUAAUUUAAAAUAAAAAUAUCCAUCAAAAACAAUUUCAAAAUUAAUUUCUGCACUUUUUAUGGGACACCCUACUUCAUACCUAAAUGUUAUAUCUUAUUCCAAUUAAAUCUCUGUUUUUCUUGUACAGCACAUCAGCCUUCGAGGAAAAAUUCACAGAGUGAAAAAACUCAACGUUUUUACAGAAUAAUUUUUUUUUUUUGGGAUAAUUUGCCAAAAACAAAAAUUAAUAUUAACAAGAUUAGAGAAUAAAAUAAUUUCAAAUUGAAGGCAAUAUAUCCCUUCAAGCUGCCAAUUUAACAAGAUAAAAAAUAAACUUCAUUGAUUUUCACACCCACACAUGCAAAAAAAAUUGCCUCUUUGAGUCAUUUUUCAAAAAAUAUUCUCACAGGAAAGCUCAUUGAUUUUCAAUCUUUCUCAUUAAAAUUUUU